AUGAUCCACUUCCACAACUUGGCAGGGACGAGAACGACAUCUUGCCCGGCAUGGGCCUUCGUGCCAAUGCUGAACGGGACCACUGCGACGCAAGCGCUCAGAAGGUAUCUGCACUCAGACGGACAAGCUCCACGCUUCCGCACUACACUGGUGGUUGCGGGAGACAUUCUGCGUGACGAAGACCCCUGGAGCAAGCUCGAAGAGAUCCUCAAUGCAGAAGAAGCUCUCACCGUACACUACCUGACACACGCAUGCCAGCCCGGAUUUCGGACAGAAAUUCAGGAUAGCAUCCAUGCCAGAUCUGCCGCCGCACUACAACGUCUGCUGGAGAGGUAUGCGGACCCCAACAUGCCCCUGCAGAUGUUCAACCACAACACGGACUGGCGGCCGCUGCAUCUGGCGACCUGCCUCGGCGCCAAGAACAUCGUCCGUCUUCUGCUGAUGGCCGAGGCCAAUGUGGAGGAGGGACAUCCAAGCAAGCCUCUGGCCACGGCCUGCCUGCACGGAGACGCGCAGAUUGGAGGCCUGCUGCUACAGGCAAGGGCCAACCCCAACACUGAAGAUGGCAACGGACAGGCGCCCCUUCACAUUGCCGCAGCCGUCGGCAGCACACGACUGGUGCGCUUGCUCAUACAAAGUGCCGCUGACAUAGAACAGCGCGGAAGCCGCCAGCAAAGCGCUCUACACGCAGCAGCCCUGAAUGGCAGCCCGGCACUACUUCGACUCCUGAUCUCGUCCGCAGCAGACAUUGCUGCGCAAGACUGCAAGGGCCGGUGCCCGCUGGACCUCCUGCCGUCAAGAGCAAGCUUCACACAGCGCUUCCGCUGCAGACAGCUCUUAGACAAGAGGUCGAACCCACAGCUCGGAGCCCACUGCAAGGUAGCUGGCAAGAAAGG